AUGGUCACGGUCACUUGCAUUCGACCGGUGCGACUCCUGCUCACCGAGCCCAUCAUCAUGACGGUGUCUUUCAUGGGCGCCGUCAUCUGUGCCCUUUUCUACCUUCAGGCCGAGUCCUUGCCCCUGGUCUACGAGGCCUACGGCUGGAAGACUGCUACGGCGUCUUUGGGCUUUAUCCCGAUCCUUUUGGGUUGCGGGAUGUCCACGUUCGUGCGAUUCUACGAUCAGCAUCAUCUGGAGAAGGUCGCGCGAAGCGGCCGAACCAUUGAACCCGAAGACAAACUCACCGGGUUCGCCAUUGCGACGCCCUGUCUGGCCGGUGGCCUCUGGCUCUUUGCCUGGACCAUCCCACCCUUGACGCGAGUCCACUGGAUGGUUCCCAUGGUGGCGCAGUUCUUCAUCGGUUUCGCGCUGAACGAGGGCGUCUACACGCUGACAGGCUACCUCGCCGACAGCUACACGAUCUACGCGGCGUCGGGAUUUGCCGGACUGAUCCUCGUGCGCGCGUCGACCUGCGCCGUCGUCCUGCCGUUCACGCACCCCAUGUACGUCAACCUGGGCUACAACGUGGCGACGUCGAUCCUGGCGGCCAUCGCCACGUUGUUCUGUGUGGCGCCGGUGGUCUUCAUCCGGUACGGCAAGCGAAUCCGCGAGGCCAGUAAAUUCGCGCGGUUGAGUCUGACGAUGUACCAUGACAACAAGGUGGAAGGUGACGGGAUGGAUCAGGAGAAGGUGGAGGAGAAGAUGGAUUAUGAAAAGUAG